CUGAGGGUGACGAGCUGUUCACAGAGUAUCACCGCGGCUGCGCUCUCCGGUGCUGGUACAUGCAUGUGGUAGGCGCUGCAUGCUUUGUGGACAAGAGCGCCAGGUACGUCGACGUGACCUACCUCCGCUAUUUCAUGGACCUGGAUACCGUUCACCAGUGGAACUGGGGGGCAGCUACUCUGGCAUAUCUCUACCAGAAGCUGAAUGAGGCCUCCAACUGGAGGACGAGGCAGCUGGUCGGAUCCUGCACUCUGCUUACGAGCUGGAUCAUCUCCUACUUCUCCCGCAUCCACGGCUUCCACAUCGAUCCUGCGUACGUUGACGCCAUGCCCAGGGCCGCCAGAUACGACCUCCAGAGGGGGAACGAUGCGGUGGGACCAUACCGCCUGUACCUGGACCGCACGAUGCACGACGACGUCACCUGGAGGCCGUUCGCCGACUAUGCUCAGGUUGUCCCCUUCGACGGGGUUGCUCUAUAUUCAGGCUGGUUGGCAUGCGGGACCGGCAUCAUGGUCCGGUAUCUCCCGGAGCGGUGCAUGCGGCAGUUUGGGUUCGUGCAGAUCAUACUCAGGUCACCCUUCGAGGCUGCUCCUGACACAGUGACCAGAGUGCAGCUCACUGCCAUAUGGGAGGAGUGGCAGCAUCAUGUGGUACCGGAGGAGUACCGUCGCAUGCGGGUCACCCAGGACUGGCACAGUGUGGAGGGGUACGUCACAUGGUUCUACCGGGUGUCCCAUCCUCUCUUGAGACCCGACGUUCCCGGCGCUCCUAGGCCAGCACACGAGGAGAUCCUGGAGAACCGGCAGGCGGAGGAUGACCACGCCAUCGAUCUCCUUCCGAUCUGCCAGCGGAUAGAGAUGCUUGGGCGGGACGCGUUGCAUCGAGGUGUCAUUCAUCAGGGCGGACCAGAGGCAGUCGCCGUGAUGGAGAUGAUCGUCACUGAUGCGGGCCGUGCGGCGGGGUACAGGCGGCAGAGGAGGGCCCAGGGUGAGCGGGUUAGGCACACCCAGUAGUGGUGGGGUUUAUUCAUUUUUUGAUUUUGGAUUGUAUAUUUAGCACACUAUUUUUAUUUAUUUCGGUUUGUAUAUAAUAUUUUCAUAUUAGUAUUUUUUUUUGUUUAUUUAUCAUAUUAGUGU